GGAGAAGGAGGAGGAGGUGGGGGAGGAUGAUUGCUGCACACACAAAUACCAAAAUAGGAUCGAGCUGUCUGCGACUGUCCUGAGCUAAAUUGAGGUGCUUGUUUUUUUUAGAGGAGCGCUUUAAGGAGAGAGGACGCAGCGGAUUGUUGGCAUUGGGAAUAAAUGACAGUAUUUGGACAUCAUGUCUCAUAAAAACGAGAUCUACACGUAUGACUUCUGUGAUGGGGAGCAUCCAGCUGAGGUCCUGGACGCGCUCAGGCAUUUCUACCUCCGCGGCCUGUUUACCGACGUGACGCUGCAGUGCGCCGAGUCCGGGCAGGUGUACCACUGCCACAGAGCGCUGCUGGCGGCUCGCAGCUCUUAUUUCAAAGUCAUGUUCACAGCCGACAUGAGGGAGAGGUCGAACAGCGUGAUCAAGCUGCGCGGGCUAGACUGUGGCGUCUUGGGCGCCCUGCUGGAUUACGUGUACAGCGCGCAGGUGCGCAUCACGGAGAGCAACGUGCAGAACCUGCUGGAGGCUGCAGAUCUGCUGCAGUUCGCCGCCGUCAAACAGGCCUGCGAGGAGUUUCUGGUUCGCCUCUUGGACGUGGACAACUGCCUGGGCAUGCACACCUUCGCUGAGCUCCACCUGUGUCCGAGCCUGGAGAGGGAGGCGCGCAGGUUGAUGCUGAGCAGGUUCGUGGAGCUCAUGAAGCAAGAGGAGUUCUUGGAGGCGGAACACGAGAAGCUGAGGUCAGUCCUGGCCGCUCAGAGCCUCACCGUGCAGAGAGACGACGUGCUGAUAGAUGCUGUGGUCAGGUGGGUAACCCAUGACUUGGAUAAUCGCCUUCACCACGUGUCGGACCUGCUGCGCUCCAUCCAUCUGGGUCUGGAUGAGAUUUACUUCAGAGCUUCUUUGGAGGUGCACAAGAUGAUGAAAAAUGAUGGGAAAUUAAAAUCUAGGAUUGUCCAAGCACUUAGACCCAAUAGCAAAGACGUCAGAAACGUUUCCCCCAGCAGCAUGUACGUCAUCGGAGGAUAUUAUUGGCAUCCUUUAUGUGAGGUCCACAUCUGGGAUCCUGUUAGUAACACUUGGGUGCAGGGAAAAGACAUGCCCGACCCAGCAAGAGAGAGCUACAGCACCAGCUUACUGGGAGCAAACAUCUAUGUGACUGGUGGCUACAGGACAAACACUGUAGAGGCCCUGGACACUGUUUCCAUUUAUAACUGUGACUAUGAUGAAUGGACUGAAGGCUCCCCUAUGAUUACAGCCAGGUACUACCACUGCUCUGUGGCUUUACAUGGCUGUAUUUAUGCCAUUGGGGGUUACAGAGGAGGAGCUCCAGAACAACACACAGAGUUUUAUGAUCCUUUGAAAAAGAAAUGGUUCCCCGUUGCCAAAAUGAUCCAAGGUGUGGGAAAUGCCACUGCAUGUGUGAUGGGAGAUCAAAUCUAUGUGACUGGUGGCCAUUAUGGGUACAGAGGAAGCUGCACGUAUGAGAAAAUCCAGGUGUACAGGCCAGAUGUUAAUGAGUGGAGCAUUGUUACCAUAAGUCCUCAUCCAGAAUAUGGGCUUUGUUCGGUGUCUCUGCACAACAAGCUGUAUUUGGUUGGUGGACAGACGACCGUUGCGGAUUGCUACGACACAGAAAGAGACGAAUGGAGACCCAUUUCAGUGAUGAAAGAGAGGAGGAUGGAGUGUGGGGCUGCAGUGAUAAAUGGCUGUAUUUAUGUAACAGGGGGUUACUCCUACUCAAAAGGGACCUAUCUGCAGAGCAUUGAGAAAUAUGACCCAGAGCUAGACUCAUGGGAGAUUGUGGGGACUCUUCCCAGCCCGGUCAGAUCACAUGGAUGUGUCUGUGUUCGUGGGGUCCAGUGACAUUUAUCACAGGUGUUUAUAUAUAUAUAUAUAUAUAUAUAUAU